AAAUUACAAUAAUCAUUCAUUUUAGGUGUUUUUUAGGUGUUUGGUUGAUUUUUAGGUGAUGUCUAAUGAAUUUGUUCACAUCAAGAUUUUCAUUUUCUAUUAUUCCUUCAUGAAUAGUGCGCAAACAGGUUCAGGAGUUUUAGGUUGUCAGUAAAUAUUGACAGAACAGGUCAGAAUCAAUGAAUAUAGACACAACUAAACAUUCUUCUAGAUAUUCACACUAACGAUAUCCUAGAUGUUAAAUGCUUUUGUGACGUCAUGUUUAUGCAUUUACAAUUUAAUGGUGCCUUUUCCAAACGUCCGUGCCUCCUCAGAUAAGACCUUUUAUGUCUCGUCAUUGACCGCGGUAUGGCCCUGCGUCACUUCCGCCACAACCAAGCCCCUCCCACCGUUGCUAAGAAGCGCACCUGCUGCCUGGCAACCGACAGCCACUCGUCGGCACGCGGACAGAGACUAGAUAAUUGCCCUGCUACAGCUUUACUUUAAUCCGUCCAUGGACUUAUGGUGCGUGUGACUGAAUAACAACAUUACAAUUAAAGUGUCCGAACCAUGGAAAACGCACACCGGACAAACGUUCUGGUCACAUCGUGUUUGAAAACGCCGGUGGACCCGCAAACCAAGGCGCCGUUAGCUUCUUACGAGCGGGAGCGAGUCCUGCCCUACAAGGCUACGGGUCAAAUGGACAACCGGAACUACGAGAAGGAGCUCGAGUAUGAAGACUCAGGCUCAAGCUCUGACUUCUGUGAUGAGGAUUGUCUUGGGAAAGGUGGUCCUGUCAUAAUAAAAGAAUGCAGAGCCCCAGGCAACCACCUGGAUCUCAGGGAACUCUUUUUCUCCAAUGAGGAAUACUACAGCAAGCUGGAAGAACUGAAGAAAGCCCAUCUCCACACUAUGGCCGAGCUGGAGCGCAUGUAUUGGCGAAAGCUUCAGCUCAAGUCAUUGGAGCCAUUAGACAUACCAACACUAAAUGUGGGACACAGGUCACUGGGGUCACACAGCUGCUCUGCAGGCUCAGUUCGUUUGAGGAAGUCACACUCUGCUGUUGAACUUAGGAGGAACUCUGGAGAGUCCGACUCAUCAGAUGAGAAUGAACCAGCCAGUAGCGAUGUAGAAAAAGGCCUGCUUUUUUCUCCCAAAGAGCAUAUUAAGAACAUGUGGCAGGACUUUAAGCUGUCUCCUCACAGUCAUCACCUGUCGUCCUCCUCGCUUCACAGCCUGCCAGUGGACCAGAAGAGACGGCAAACGGGAAAAGGAAAGAAGCGACAGCUGGAUGGAGACAAGGACCAUUGGAAACACCGAGUGACUGUUCCAAAACCUUUUCAGAUGACACUGCGUGAAGCUGAGAAGAGAAAACAUGGUAUAAAGACCCGAUCAGAGAUUGAACUGGAGAAUGCUGAGUUGCGCCGGCAACUAGAAGACCUGACAGAGUGCCAGAGAAAAUUCCGCGCCAGCCCUGUACCCGCCCAUGUUCACCUCCCACUUUAUGACGAGCUGCAGGGGCGGAAGGAAGAAAGACGUCGAAGCACACGUGAAAAGGAGGAGCAGCAUCUUCGAUUAAUCCAGAAACCUUUCAGCUUUCUAGAACGGGAACGGCUAAAGAAGGAGCAGAAACAUCUGCGUCAUUCACAACUACCUGAUCAGGAGAAAGUGAAACCUUUCAAGGCCAAGCCUGUGCCCAAGUCGGUGUAUGCAGCAGCAUCCGGGGAGCAGAUGAAGGAGGAGCAGCUCUAUCGGUCUAUCAAGAUAAAGAUGAGAGCUCAGGAGUUGCUCCACCGUGCUGCAGUGCCUCCUAGCAUGCUUGCACGACGACUCAGUGAACGGAAUAAAAACAAAGAUGACAAUGAUGAAGGGGAGAAAAACCUUUCACACACACCCCAGAUUAACAAAGAGGUACCUGACUUCAAAGCCAGUUAUAGACGCUUCCAGAAGCACCUGGAGAAACGGAAAGAAGUGAGGCCCACAACCACGUGUGAACCCUUUGAACUAAAAACGUCACAGAUCUCCUCACAUCGUGAGCGCAUCCUGGCUGAUAUCGAAAAAGACCAGCAAAGUCCUCGGAUGCUGCGCUGGCCACACAUUAGCCCUGGACCUGUUCGGACACCAAACUCAAGCCUCUGCUCAUCCCUGUCUGGCAGCCUGGAGAUACUGCCUUCUAAAGUCACAGAUGCCACCAAAAAGCGUCAUGAGGCUGUGAGAAAAGCUCUGGAGCAGAGGAAGAAGGCGGAGGAGGAGGAGGAGCGUUGGAGGGAGAGACAGAAGCAACGGGAGAAAAGACUGCAGAAGGUGGUUUUGAAACGGGCCCAGGCCAAUGACCCUCACCUGGCUCUGACACAGACCCAUCAGACCAAGCUCAAAGAAUUCAGGAAACAAGACUUUCAGCGAAGAAAGGAAUAUCAGCAGGAGAUAAAAGACAUGCAGCAGAGAGUGAAGAGGAGGCCGCUGCUAUUGGAGCAAGUUGCACAAAAAAAUGCCAAACAGGCAGCAGAGAAGCGGUACACAGACGCCCUGCACGGUUGUAAUCUGACUGAAGAGUUCAUCAGCAGCGAGGCAGACAAAUCUGGAUCUGGCUGCAGAGCCACCUCGUCUAAUGGCAGCAAACAAAGUGGCCAGUUGGAGGCAGACGUGGGAUGUGAACCUGUUCUCUACAGAAAGGUUUUCUUGGAUGAUGAAGAGGUGUCUGAUGACGGAGGGAAGGAGGAUGAGACUUCACAAAACCAUUGCGAUGGGGACCACCCCUCUGAUUCUGAGAGUUGCCACUACUCGGAUGAUCAUGAGAAUUAUUCAGAUGACAGUGUGCAUGAUGCGGACACUACACAGUAACAGAUGUCAUCUAAUAAUUGAUCUGUAGCAUUGGUACAUGCAGAACUGGGACCAGUAAAUUAGAUGAAUUACUGAAUAUGAUUCUUUGAAGGUUUAAGAUGAUUUUUUAAUGCUUGUAUGUACAUACGACAUAUUUGGUCAACAUUGCAUAUGUAUCGUGUAACUGCACUUUUUCCUUUUGUGUCAAAAUGUCUUCCAUCAAAGGCUGAUCAAGGGUUAACCAAAAACAGAUACCCUCUGUUGUUGUUAUACUGGUACAGUGUUAUUUUACUAUUAAUCAUGUUUCUGUAAUGUCUUAUAUUGUUUUUUUGGGAAUAAUACGCUUUUUGUACUUUUGAGGAGUAUUGAUGACAUAUAGAAAUGUGCAAAGGUUUCAUUCGACAUUAUUGACUGAUUGUCCUACAAUUUAUUGUACAGUUGUUUAUGGUUAUUAUUAUUUCUGAUGGCUAUAACUUACUGCACUCCAUGUGACAAAGGACUAAUAUUUGUCGCCAUGUAAACUACUGUUUUUCUUUUCACUUGUUUAUGUUGCUUGCAAUAAUCUACAGUAAACCCACCACUUUAAAAUAAUGACUGAGAAUUCUUAGAGGUGACAGCACAGAAACCUAAGACUGAGGUCCUGUCUAAAACCAGUGAGAUUAAAUAUUUAUUGUGAACUGGUCUGUUGAAAAAAAUGUAUGGCUUUAGGAACAAGAGAUGGA